GGGGAGGGGCGAUGACGUGGAGAGACGUGUCGCAAAGUGAGCGAGUGAGUGCCGUCGAGCGGGGUCGGGCUGCGGGUUGUCAGGGCGACGGGCGGACGGUUGAGGAGCCGAGCGCGAGGCGGGUGAUACCGGAGGCGACAGCGGCUCCGGGGGCGACACUGUGAACCCACCAUGUCUCUCUGCCAGCCCUCCGCACUGUGCGGGUUGUAUCCACGUGGAUUCAGUAAGAACAAAUCCGGAUUUCCCUUUACACCGUGAUCAGAGUUGUUUUCACCAUGGGAAGACUGUGCAUCUCCUGUCUGUUCCCCGCCUCGUGGCAUUUCAGUGUGUCUCCUGCUGCCUGCCCCCGUCCCCUCAACACCACUUUCCGACAGCUUGUGGUGAUUGCCUUUUUCACACUCACAAUCUUCCUGUUGUAUAUUUUGCUGGUCUUCGAUAGGAAUCGAUGGGGACGUUUGUAUAAGGACAAAGGGAACAGGUACUCUACCAAAGUGACAGAUACGGAAGCCACAGAUGUAAAUAAUCCUUAUUUAAACUACGGUAUUGUGAUAGACUGCGGCAGCAGCGGCUCCAGACUGUUUGUGUAUUGCUGGCCAAGGCACAAUGGGAAUCCGCAUGACUUGUUGGAUAUCAAGCAAAUGAGGGACAUAAACCGACAGCCUGUGGUGAUGAAAAUCAAGCCAGGUAUUUCAGAGCUGGCUACCAGUCCGGAAAAGGCCAGUGACUACAUCACUCCUCUCCUCACCUUCGCUGCAGAAAAUAUCCCUCCGUCUAAACACAAGGAGACACCAUUGUACAUCAUGUGCACUGCAGGAAUGCGCAUCUUACCAGAGAACCAGCAAAGCGCCAUCCUGGAGGACCUCCGCACAGACAUCCCCCUACACUUUGAUUUCCUUUUCUCCGACUCACACACAGAAGUCAUUUCAGGCAAGCAAGAAGGAGUAUACGCGUGGAUUGGAAUCAAUUUUGUCCUGGGACGCUUCAAUCACAUAAACGAUGGCGAGCAUGCUGUGGUGGAGGUGAACAUGCCUGGCACUGCGACCCAGGAGGCUAUUGUUCGCAAGAGGACAGCAGGUGUUUUGGACAUGGGAGGGGUGUCUACUCAGCUAGCCUAUGAAGUCCCCCAAACUGUAAGCUUUGCCUCAUCGCAACAGGAGGAGGUGGCCAAAAACCUGCUGGCGGAGUUCAACCUGGGUUGUGACGCCCACCAGACAGAGCAUGUCUACCGUGUCUAUGUCACUACCUUCCUCGGGUUCGGUGGCAACGCAGCCAGACAACGCUAUGAGGAACACAUCGUCAGUAAAACUGUCCUAGCAAAUAGCCUGUUGGGGAAGAAGACUGGUUUGACUGAAGACAUGCCGUACCUGGAUCCUUGCUUGCCUGUGGAUUUCCUCGACACCAUCCGUCAGGACGGACACACCGUGUAUGUGAAGGGAUUGGGAGAUUUUGACCGGUGCCGUCAAGUCAUCGACCCUUUCUUGAACAAAACCAACGGGACGUCAACAUCACUGAACGGGGUGUACCAACCUCCGAUAGACUACCACAACAGCGAGUUCUACGGCUUCUCUGAGUUCUUUUACUGCACAGAGGACGUCCUGCGUAUGGGCGGGGACUACAAUGUGGCCAAGUUUAGCAAGGCUGCCAAGGAUUAUUGUGCAGCGAAAUGGACACUGCUGAAGGAACGGUUUGAUCGUGGCUUGUACUCCUCUCACGCUGACCUCCACAGAUUGAAGUACCAGUGUUUCAAAUCCGCCUGGAUGUUCGAGGUGCUCCAUACCGGAUUCUCAUUCCCCGCAAAUUACUCCAAUCUGAAGACGGCCCAGCUGGUGUACGAGAAAGAGGUGCAGUGGACACUGGGCGCCAUUCUCUACAAAACCCGCUAUCUGCCACUGAGGGACAUUCAGCAAGAAAACUUCAAGGGGAACCACACCCACUGGAGGGGCUUUACCUUCGUCUACAACCACUAUUUAUUUUUUGUGUGUUUCCUGGUGGUGGUGUUGUCCAUCCUCCUCUACCUCUUGAGGUUGCGACGGAUUCAUCGGAGGGCAGCACAGCACAGUUUGUCAUCCGCUGCUAUCUGGAUCGAAGAGGGGGGUGCAGCUCAAUUGACAGAGUCUUGAUGGAAAUGGGGAUGUGAUGGUUGGUGGGGGGGGGAGAGAGCGAAUGUACAAAUGUAAAGAGCUGAAGGACACCUGCUCUGAAACACAGUCCACACGUGGCCAUACCCAGGAGCUAAGAUGGUUGCCGACUACCUUGUCACCUGUUGCCUGUGUUAUUCUCUGUUCAGGAUCUUCCCUUAUUUGCUCCGAGCGUAACCAAUUGUUAAACCUCGCUCUUCCUCAAUGUAAAUUAUCAAAUGCAAGGAUUAUUAUUAUUAUUAAAUUCUUCCUCGAAGCAGCGGAAGAUGCUCGCCCAUACACACAUACAUUCACGCACACACCAAAGCAGUGAUAUGCUCCUCUUCCCCCCCCCCCCCGCUGUUUGGGAGAAAACUCUUGAUGCUGCUUUGCUGGAGUUUUGGUUGGAUGCAUCCAGCACAGGGUGGUGGGGGGGUGGGGGGAGUGCAUAGCUGACCCUCAUUGGAAUCUGAAGUAACUGAGACAGGCAACCCCCACCAACCCCCACCCCCCUGCAGUGCUUCAACAGCUGUGCUAACGAAAUCUCGGCCGGCAAACACCCUCUUACUCAACCUAAUCUCUUAGCGUUGCCUCCGUUCUCCAAGAGGGAGCAAUGCAACACGAUUCACUGUUUGGUGGUUUUAUUUAAACCCACCCACCUCUCUCUCCGGCCCUUCCCACCACCUUCCCUUUGUGGUUCGGCCACAAAAUACACAGUUCACUUCAAGUAUAUUCUGUGAAGCACUUUGA